AUGGCGGGAGGGAAAAUGGGUCACCAUUCAGCUAAUUGUAUUGGAACAUACCUUGUAACGCACAUGCAUGAUUUUAGGUGUGAACUUGCCGUGAACAUACUUAACAAGCUCUGUUUGGGAUUCAGUACCAGUAGACAAACCAACAAGGAACCUUCUCCGAUCGCAUAGGGUCCUGACACCGAUGCUUCGGCGUCGGGAAACCAGUUUGCUCAAUUCGCCGCCGGUUCUUUCUGGAGCGUCGAAUUAGUUUACCAGAGGGUUCCGGGCAUACCGAGACCAUAAUAAACCUGAAUCUAACAUAUAUUUUCAAUCAUGCAUAACCCUUCUUACGAGGAUGCAUGUUCGGGAACAUCGAAUCACGUAGAAGUUGUUCGUAAUCAGUAUGAUCUUAAAGAGUGUAGGUUCGAGUCGCUUCUUGAGUUGUUCUGGUGGUCUAUGCAUGAUCCCACUACCUUGAAUCGUCAGGGAAACAAUGUGGGAAGCCAAUACAGAUCAGGGAUAUAUUACUACAACCCGGAGCAAGAGAAACUAGCACGCGAGUCACUGGAGUACAUUGGCCGUCACCAGCAACAUGUGGAUAGGAAGAUUGUGACAGAGAUCUUACCGGCUACGAAAUUCUACCGAGCUGAGGAAGAUAACCAGCAAUACUUGUCUAAAGGAGGGAGGUUCGGACUCAAGCAAUCCAGUGCAAAAGGUUGCAACGACCCAAUCCGCUGCUACGGGUGAUAAAGCCUUGCUUCUAUCUAGAGGCAGAGGGCUUUACUUUCACCUACCUAUAGACUUUAGUUAGCUGUUGUUGUGUGUAGAAGGUGCUGGCUACUUAUGUAUGUUACUUGUCGUGUUGAUAGAAGUUUGAGUGUCGAGAAAAUUUAAAGUAUAUAAUAGUAUAGUUUUGUAUUGUUCUUCUUUUAAUAUUUAGUUCCUAACCAAAGUGAAAUAGAUUUUAAAAGUUCAGAUUAAAAACUAUAUAUAUAUAUUAAAAUAAAAUAUUCAAACCGACAAGGAAUUUUAGAUCAGUAGACCGUAGUGCUUGUAGUGAAUAAUUUGUCCGAAUUAAUGUUUUAAAAAAUGAAAAGAAAUAAACUUAACAUUAAAUCACUUUAGAUGGUUGUGUUGUGUCAUAAUUUCUAACUUUUUAAUCUUCGCAUCAAUUUCAAGUUUAAAUUCUUAUGGCCCGUGAUAUUAAUAUAUAUAUAUUUUGGGUUAUGUCAAAUAUUUGCGUUGAUGAUAGAUAAACCUUUCAAGCUCUCAGCCAGCGAUUGGAUGAAGCGUAUAUGCUGGAUUUGUAUGUUUUGAUUUUUUUUUUGUGGAUUUUAAUUUAAUGUGGUCGCACCUAAGGGCAUCAUUAACUGAAACCCUUUGAUGGUUUCUAAAAAAUAUAUAUUAAUAUUUAAUUAUUUGAGUGUUCUGAAACAUUGUAAGAACAACAACUAUCUCUAAAUAUGUAGAACCGGUUCCAAAACUUACUAAAUAAGAACCUGUGAACUGUUUUUCUCUCAUGAUUUAUUAAUUUUUAUUUAAUUUUAAUUCUUAAGAACUCUUUUAUAUCUCUACGUUAAAGGUGCUCUAAUACGAAUAAUAACUAGCAUUAUAAAGCACCGUACGUUCACACACAUUAUAGAAGACUAAAGAUAAUCAAGGGGAGUCAAGCAAGUGAAAAAGACAGAGGUGGUGAUCUUGUGAUAACAAAAAUAUUUAGAAUCUGCUUAAAUAAAUAAUGACAAAAUGCAAAGUAAUAUAUAAAUUGAACUACGUGUCGUUAAUAUCCCUAGCUCUAACGUGAGUAGCACGAAUUGAGGUCGCAACUCUCGUACGUGGCUUUCCCUCUAUCGCCCAUAAUAUAUUUCCAUUUCAGUUAGAUGCUAAGUUAGGAUUGAACCCUCAUUGGCUUUGUCAUAUAUAUAUUUGUCGAACAUAAAGAUUAUUGUAUAAUUAAGAUGCAUUAGAAUACUAUUCGAGGAUUCACGAACGUCAACUAAAAGAAGUUUCGUGUAAAAGGAUGUCUCGUUUAACCAAAAAGAUGUUUCAUAAUAUAACCAACACAUUACACAUAAUGUAUAUAUGGGGAUUUAAUAACUUUGGCUAGUUGACGUUAGUGAAUAUUAAUUAUUUGCUAUAAGUUAACGUUAAAUUGUGAUGGUUUCUAACCUUUUAAUUGUUGUAAUUAACCGUAUGAACCUCAAUGAAAUCACUAUUCAAGAUUAUUAGACUGCUUAAAGAUUAUCUCAAUAUCUUUGCAUACUCACAAGUUCAGGUAGUUUAAAAGAAAAGAUUAAUCUGACGAAAAAAUAAGGGGCAAAUUAAUUUGGUGGGUUAACCAACACAAACCCUGAGCAAAACCAACACUUACGUUACUAUUAUUGUAUAUUCUUUCUCAAACACACCCAAUAAUCAUAUCCUCAUAAUUAAUACAAAACUUAAGGUUAUGAUUUUUUCGUCAAAUUUGUAUUAAAACAAUGAUUAUACAUUUAUACCUCCCGGUAUUCCUUUAACUUGAUUAGGACAUGUAUGAAAUCUCAGUCGCCCCCUCCCCCCUCCCCCCCAAAAAAAAAUCAGUUGACAUUCGAGGAUAAUUUCACCGUCGAAGUUUUAGAUAACGAAAAUUGAUUUAGAAGGAAAUAUAAUGCAACGGAGUAUAUUAUAUUAUUAUACGUAUAUCCCAUAUAUAUUAAUUGAAAAAUAUUCUAAUUUUUUUUGUAGCUACGUGUCAUCAGUAUGAUAAUUUUUAGAAUCAUUAGAAAAUAUGUUGACCCAUCUAGUUAUAUAAUAAUUUUUUUAUUAAACGUACAAUAAAUUUAUUAUUAAUGUUCUUUAUUAUUUUCUUAAAUAAAAGUUACGAACUUACCUAAUGUGGUUAAAAUAUAUAUAACAAUAAAUGAUUUUGAAUAAUAAAGAUUUGAUAAAAAUUAGUGUAUCUUUUAUCAU